AGUCCUUCCGGAACGCACAGAGAGACAAUUUGCGACAAGGGUAGAGAGAGAGAGGGACGAAGAAAGUGAUAAUAAGGGGAGAAGGAACAAAGAAAUUUGUUUGGGGAAAGGCUUUAAAUGCGAGUUGGUUGAUGGGAGUCUUUCCUCCUCCUUCUUCUUUCUUUCUUUCUUUCUUUCCUCUCUCUUAACGCCUAAGCAUCCAUCCCCGUUAAAAGCCCUUCUUCCUUCCUUCCUUUUCCGCCAUCUCCCUCUCCUUGUCUGUGCGUCCAAUAUAAAUAUCGACCUUAAAGCCUAAAUCUUUGUAGAUCACACAACACCCUUCCUUCCUUGUACCUCAAUCUUGUGUCUGGAAGGCUUGGAGAAAAUAAUAAAUAUAUAAAAUAAAAAGGGGAAAGCAGAGAUGGAAUUCUAUCCAUACCCUCCUCGGUUUUCUGUGUCUUCUCUGUCCUGCUGUCGGGAUUUCGUCGAAAGAGUUAAGGAAGUUUGCAACUUCGCCUUAUCUGCGGUUAUUGGGAAUGUCUUCUCCGCGAUCUUCACCUUCUUCUUCGCAUUAGUGGGGACCUUGUUGGGAGCCAUGACAGGAGCUUUGAUAGGUCAAGAAACUGAGAGUGGAUUUGUUAGAGGGGCUGCUGUUGGUGCCAUAUCUGGUGCUGUUUUCUCCAUUGAAGUCUUUGAAUCUUCCCUUGUCCUUUGGCAGUCUGAUGAAUCAGGCAUUGGCUGCAUCUUGUACUUGAUUGAUGUUAUUGCCAGUCUUCUUAGUGGAAGGCUUGUGAGGGAGCGAAUCGGUCCUGCCAUGUUAAGCGCGGUGCAAAGUCAAAUGGGAGCUGUAGAAACAAGCUUUGAGGAGGUCCCGAACCUAUUUGACACAGGUGGUGCCAAAGGACUUGCUGGAGAUUCAGUGGAGAAAAUCCCCAAAAUCAAGAUCACAAGCAAAAACAAUGUGGAUGGUUCUGGGGAUAGAGUUUCUUGUUCAGUUUGCCUUCAGGACUUCCAGCUUGGAGAGACAGUUAGAAGCUUGCCACAUUGUCACCACAUGUUUCAUCUGCCCUGCAUAGAUAAAUGGCUACUCCGCCACGCAUCUUGCCCUCUUUGCAGAAGAGAUCUCUAAUUCGUCUUACCUCUGUAAAUUUGUUUAUCAUAAUGUUUCUUCCUUCCAUCUGAUUGAUUACCCGCCCCAAAUCGAUCUUUGUUAUAUGUUCAUCAUCAUCAUCAUCAUCGUUUUCAGAUGAUCGAUCAGUUCUGCCCCCCACCCGGCAAUCCACAGCAUCUUGUAGCUUAUGCAGCUCAGUGGGGUGAACGAUCAUGAUCUAGAUUAGGGUAUAUCUUCUGAAUAUGUAUAAAGUUUUGAGAACACUAUCGUAUAUUGUAUUAGAAGUUCACCUGAUCCAUCUUCAGAACUGACCACCACAGGGUAUAAGGUUUCCACUUUUACAGCCGGCGGAUAUUGUUUCCUUUACUCUGCCUUGCAAUCAACUUAACCUUUUUAA